AUGGACACACAAGCAGGAACAUCUCAGAAGGACAUCUAAUGUUAUCCCUGGAUUCUGAAAUAACCGAUAACGACAGUAGACAGGAUUCUCCAGGAGCUAACCCCAUUACCCCAAUUAUACAUCCAGCUCUAUCAGCUGAUCCCUCUGAUACUGGGAAAUGUUCUCCUGAUCACUCUGAUAUUGGUGCAUCUGUUACAGCUCUGACAGUAAAUACAGUGUUUCCCUGUUCUAUAGAUGCCAAAUGUUUUACACAGAACACAAAGCGUAUUACCAAUCAGCCAGCUAAGGCAGGUGAGAGGCCAUUUCCAUGUUCUGAGUGUAGGAAAUGUUUUGCACAGAAAUCAGCUCUUGUUAUACAUCAGAGAAGUCACACAGGUGAGAAGCCAUAUUCCUGUUCUGAGUGUGGGAAAUGUUUUGCACAUAGCUCACAUUUUGUUAUUCAUCAGCAUGCUCACACAGGUGAGAUGCCAUUUUCCUGUUCUGAGUGUGGGAAAUGUUUUCCACGGAAAUCACAUCUUGUUAAUCAUCAGAGAAGUCACACAGGUGAGAAGCCAUAUUCCUGUUCUGAGUGUGGGAAAUGUUUUGCACUGAAAUCAAAUCUUGUCACACAUCAGAGAAGUCACACAGGUGAGAAGCCAUAUUCCUGUUUUGAGUGUAGGAAAUGUUUCACACAUAAAUCAGCUCUUGUUACACAUCAGAGAAGUCAUACAGGUGAGAAGCCGUAUUCCUGUUCUGCGUGUAAGAAAUGUUUUGCACGGAAAUCACAUCUUGUUUUACAUCAGAGAAGUCACACAGGUGAGAAGCCAUAUUCCUGUUCUGAGUGUGGGAAAUGUUUUGCACAGAAAUCAAAUCUUGUCACACAUCAGAGUAGUCACACAGGUGAGAAGACAUAUUCCUGUUUUGAGUGUAGGAAAUGUUUCACACAGAAAUCAGCUCUUGUUAUACAUCAGAGAAGUCACACAGGUGAGAAGCCAUUUUCCUGUUCUGAGUGUGGGAAAUGUUUUGUACGGAAAUUAAAUCUUGUUUUACAUCAGAGAAGUCACGCAGGUGAGAAGCCAUUUUCCUGUUCUGAGUGUGGGAAAUGUUUUGUACGGAAAUCAAAUCUUGUUUUACAUCAGAGAAGUCACACAGGUGAGAAGCCAUUUUACUGUUCUGAGUGUGGGAAAUGUUUUGCACAGAAAUCACAUCUUGUUUUACAUCAGAGAAGUCACACAGGUGAGAAGCCAUAUUCCUGUUCUGAGUGUGGGAAAUGUUUUGCACUGAAAUCAAAUCUUGUCACACAUCAGAGAAGUCACACAGGUGAGAAGCCAUAUUCCUGUUUUGAGUGUAGGAAAUGUUUCACACAUAAAUCAGCUCUUGUUACACAUCAGAGAAGUCAUACAGGUGAGAAGCCGUAUUCCUGUUCUGCGUGUAAGAAAUGUUUUGCACGGAAAUCACAUCUUGUUUUACAUCAGAGAAGUCACACAGGUGAGAAGCCAUAUUCCUGUUCUGAGUGUGGGAAAUGUUUUGCACAGAAAUCAAAUCUUGUCACACAUCAGAGUAGUCACACAGGUGAGAAGACAUAUUCCUGUUUUGAGUGUAGGAAAUGUUUCACACAGAAAUCAGCUCUUGUUAUACAUCAGAGAAGUCACACAGGUGAGAAGCCAUUUUCCUGUUCUGAGUGUGGGAAAUGUUUUGUACGGAAAUUAAAUCUUGUUUUACAUCAGAGAAGUCACGCAGGUGAGAAGCCAUUUUCCUGUUCUGAGUGUGGGAAAUGUUUUGUACGGAAAUCAAAUCUUGUUUUACAUCAGAGAAGUCACACAGGUGAGAAGCCAUUUUACUGUUCUGAGUGUGGGAAAUGUUUUGCACAGAAAUCACAUCUUGUUUUACAUCAGAGAAGUCACACAGGUGAGAAGCCAUUUUCCUGUUCUGAGUGUGGGAAAUGUUUUGCACAGAAAUCACAUCUUGUUUUACAUCAGAGAAGUCACACAGGUGAGAAGCCAUUUUCCUGUUCUGAGUGUGGGAAAUGUUUUGUACGGAAAUCAGAUCUUGUUUUACAUCAGAGAAGUCACACAGGUGAGAAGCCAUUUUCCUGUUCUGAGUGUGGGAAAUGUUUUGUACGGAAAUCACAUCUUGUUUUACAUCAGAGAAGUCACACAGGUGAGAAGCCAUAUUCCUGUUCUGAGUGUGGGAAAUGUUUUGCACAGAAAUCAAAUCUUGUCACACAUCAGAGUAGUCACACAGGUGAGAAGACAUAUUCCUGUUUUGAGUGUAGGAAAUGUUUCACACAGAAAUCAGCUCUUGUUAUACAUCAGAGAAGUCACACAGGUGAGAAGCCAUUUUCCUGUUCUGAGUGUGGGAAAUGUUUUGUACGGAAAUUAAAUCUUGUUUUACAUCAGAGAAGUCACGCAGGUGAGAAGCCAUUUUCCUGUUCUGAGUGUGGGAAAUGUUUUGUACGGAAAUCAAAUCUUGUUUUACAUCAGAGAAGUCACACAGGUGAGAAGCCAUUUUACUGUUCUGAGUGUGGGAAAUGUUUUGCACAGAAAUCACAUCUUGUUUUACAUCAGAGAAGUCACACAGGUGAGAAGCCAUAUUCCUGUUCUGAGUGUGGGAAAUGUUUUGCACUGAAAUCAAAUCUUGUCACACAUCAGAGAAGUCACACAGGUGAGAAGCCAUAUUCCUGUUUUGAGUGUAGGAAAUGUUUCACACAUAAAUCAGCUCUUGUUACACAUCAGAGAAGUCAUACAGGUGAGAAGCCGUAUUCCUGUUCUGCGUGUAAGAAAUGUUUUGCACGGAAAUCACAUCUUGUUUUACAUCAGAGAAGUCACACAGGUGAGAAGCCAUAUUCCUGUUCUGAGUGUGGGAAAUGUUUUGCACAGAAAUCAAAUCUUGUCACACAUCAGAGUAGUCACACAGGUGAGAAGACAUAUUCCUGUUUUGAGUGUAGGAAAUGUUUCACACAGAAAUCAGCUCUUGUUAUACAUCAGAGAAGUCACACAGGUGAGAAGCCAUUUUCCUGUUCUGAGUGUGGGAAAUGUUUUGUACGGAAAUUAAAUCUUGUUUUACAUCAGAGAAGUCACGCAGGUGAGAAGCCAUUUUCCUGUUCUGAGUGUGGGAAAUGUUUUGUACGGAAAUCAAAUCUUGUUUUACAUCAGAGAAGUCACACAGGUGAGAAGCCAUUUUACUGUUCUGAGUGUGGGAAAUGUUUUGCACAGAAAUCACAUCUUGUUUUACAUCAGAGAAGUCACACAGGUGAGAAGCCAUUUUCCUGUUCUGAGUGUGGGAAAUGUUUUGCACAGAAAUCACAUCUUGUUUUACAUCAGAGAAGUCACACAGGUGAGAAGCCAUUUUCCUGUUCUGAGUGUGGGAAAUGUUUUGUACGGAAAUCAGAUCUUGUUUUACAUCAGAGAAGUCACACAGGUGAGAAGCCAUUUUCCUGUUCUGAGUGUGGGAAAUGUUUUGUACGGAAAUCAGAUCUUGUCACACAUCAGAGAAGUCACACAGGUGAGAAGCCAUAUUCCUGUUUUGAGUGUAGGAAAUGUUUCACACAGAAAUUAGCUCUUGUUAUACAUCAGAGAAGUCACACAGGUGAGAAGCCAUUUUCCUGUUCUGAGUGUGGGAAAUGUUUUGCACAGAAAUCACAUCUUGUUUUACAUCAGAGAAGUCACACAGGUGAGAAGCCAUUUUCCUGUUCUGAGUGUGGGAAAUGUUUUGUACGGAAAUCAGAUCUUGUUUUACAUCAGAGAAGUCACACAGGUGAGAAGCCAUUUUCCUGUUCUGAGUGUGGGAAAUGUUUUGUACGGAAAUCAGAUCUUGUCACACAUCAGAGAAGUCACACAGGUGAGAAGCCAUAUUCCUGUUUUGAGUGUAGGAAAUGUUUCACACAGAAAUUAGCUCUUGUUAUACAUCAGAGAAGUCACACAGGUGAGAAGCCAUUUUCCUGUUCUGAGUGUGGGAAAUGUUUUGUACGGAAAUCAGAUCUUGUUUUACAUCGGAGAAGUCACACAGGUGAGAAGCCAUUUUCCUGUUCUGAGUGUGGGAAAUGUUUUGUACGGAAAUCAGAUCUUGUCACACAUCAGAGAAGUCACACAGGUGAGAAGCCAUUUUCAUGCUGUGAGAGAAAUAAAUCCGCUCUUGUUGAACAUAUUAGACAUUACCCAAGUACGGAACCAUUUCCAUCUUCUGGAGUAUAAUUAUCACUGUCGUCCAAUGUUCCUCAAGGGUGAAUCCUAUCUCUUAUGCUUUAUAAAAUAUACAUGCUACCACUGGGUGAGAUAAUCAGACGUCAUGGCCUGGUCUACCACUGCUAUGCUGAUUACCUGCUUUUUGCUCCAUGUACUGAGAACCAAAUACCAAUCCUAGCUGAGCGCCAGGGGUGGAUGAUGCCAGUUGGCUGUGACUCAGUCUUUGUGAAACAUAGUAGAAGCUUCCCAACAAAGGACAAGACUACAGCUUUACCAACCAUCUGGAUUUAUGCUUUGGUGUUCAGAAUUGCAAAAUACUGAACAUGUGCUGAAUCUUUGUGUUGUCCUGGUAUGUGGCUGACACAGACAUCAGGUAUCCACCACAUACAAAUCCACAUUCUUCCAUCUGUGGACCAUAGACAGAAUCAAGCACUUCAUUCCCUCAGAAGUUCAUAGACUACUGCAAUGCCAUCUACCUGGGUCACCCAGCAAAAGAAUUACAGCGCUUGCAGCUAGUACAGAAUGCAGCAGCCAAGCUGUUACCUAACCCGCCCGUUCCUGCCACAUAACACCCAUUCUCUACUCCCUUCACCGGCUGCCUGUAAGAUGGAAAAUCUAUUUCAUAAUUGGCUAACUGACCUUCCCAGCACAACAUUACAUGGUCCAAGGUACUAGAAGCAGCUUCUGCGUCCUUACUGCCCUGCUUACUUCUACAUAUGAAGGACUGUUACCAGCAGUACCAAGAAUCUCCUGUCAUUCAUUUAUGGGUUGAACUUUUAGCUUUGCAGUCCUGACCAUGGAACUCACUGCCUUGCACAGUCCAAAAGACCACCACUCUAGAGACCUUCACAAGCAGACUGGUGACUGCUACUCACACUUUUCAUUAAUGUACCUCUAUUUACUUCCUAAAUAAUACAUCCCAAAUGCUUAGGUCUUUUUUCUGCUGUUUAUUUUGUAUCUUGUUCUUUGUGUAAAUGUGAAUGUCUAAUACCAGUUUCCACAAUCUGUAUUGCUGCACGACAAUAUGGCGGCCAUUGGAACGUGUUUUCACUUCUAGUUUGCCUAACUUGUUGCAGACACUCAUCUUGAUAAGGAGUGUUGAGUGUUUUCUGAUACAAGAUCCUAUCCAUAUAUACCCUGUACAUUACCAUGUGCAUUAGAGUCACCCGGGUUCCAUCUGCGGUGGUUUGUUGUAUGUUACAUCUAUAUGGUGCAGAUACUCCCCUGUAUGAUUUCAUAAUAAAAGCUUUUGU